GCCUCCAUCGAUGCACUCGAAAGCUCGGUUGACGCUGCCUGGCGCUGGAACCAGGAAGGCGGUGAGCUUAAACUGAAGCAAGUUCGGAGGACGCCGGCGGCGCCCAGAUUUGAAGAAACGUUUCCAGGUCUGAGGCCCUUGCAAGUCUACAGGAGGUGUAAACCCGAAGGCCGAGAUCCAGAAAUGGGACGCCGGUCAUCAGAUACUGAAGAAGAAAGCAGAAGCAAGAGAAAAAAGAAGCACCGUAGACGAUCUUCUUCAAGUAGUUCUUCAGAUAGUAGAACAUACAGCCGAAAGAAAGGUGGAAGGAAAUCAAGGUCAAAGUCAAGAUCUUGGUCCAGAGAUCUUCAGCCUCGCUCACAUUCUUAUGAUAGAAGACGCAGGCAUCGAUCAAGCAGUAGUUCUUCUUAUGGAUCUAGAAGAAAACGAAGUCGAAGUCAUUCAAGGGGUCGAGGGAAAUCCUAUAGAGUUCAGAGGUCUAGGUCAAAAAGCAGAACAAGAAGAUCUCGGUCAAGACCUCGUCCACGUUCCCAUAGUCGAAGCAGUGAAAGGUCCAGUCACAGAAGAACACGUAGUAGGUCUCGGGAUAGAGAACGACGGAAAGGCAGAGAUAAGGAGAAAAGAGAAAAGGAGAAGGAUAAAGGCAAGGACAAGGAAUUACACAACAUCAAACGUGGGGAAUCUGGAAACAUCAAAGCUGGAUUAGAACAUCUGCCACCAGCUGAACAGGCCAAAGCAAGACUACAGCUGGUUCUUGAAGCUGCUGCAAAAGCUGAUGAAGCAUUGAAAGCCAAAGAAAGAAAUGAAGAAGAAGCAAAGAGAAGAAAGGAAGAAGACCAAGCCACCCUGGUUGAACAAGUAAAAAGAGUCAAAGAAAUUGAAGCCAUUGAAAGCGAUUCUUUUGUUCAGCAAACAUUCAGAUCAAGUAAAGAAGUCAAAAAGUCAGUGGAGCCUAGUGAAGUGAAGCAUGCAGCUGCAACAUCAGGACCAGCAUCAGUAGUAGCUGAUCCACCAAAUAAUGAGAAAGAAAUAGACCCUGGCAGCAUCCCUACUGCUAUCAAGUACCAAGAUGACAAUUCUCUGGCCCAUCCAAAUUUAUUUAUUGAGAAAGCUGAUGCUGAAGAAAAGUGGUUCAAGAGAUUAAUUGCUCUCCGACAAGAAAGGCUGAUGGGCAGUCCCGUAGCCUAAAGUAAUAUACAUAUGGUUGAAUAAUGAACAAUAACAUUCAAAAUUUAGGUUUUUAAAUCCCAGUAUUAACUUUUUACUCUUAAAAAUAAUUUAGCUGAUUAUAUAAAAAGAUAAUCUCAUUUUAUCCUUUUCUCUUGCAGGCUUGAAUAUUUGUUGAUUGAACUUAAUCAAACAUUGUGAAUAUUAAAACUAGUGUAAAGUUUAAGAAUGCAUGAAAAUGUCAUACUGUUAAUAAAGCUAAUCCUAAAAAUGUAUUAAAAUAAAUGAUAUAUAGUAGUGUUCCUGUGUAGAAUUUGAAAAAUAUCAAGUUGCCAUUUAAAGACAGAAUUUUGAGGGAGUUCCCAUCCUGGCUCAGUGGUUAACGAACCCAAUUCAUAUCCAUGAGGAUGCGGGUUUGAUCCCUGACCUCACUCAGGGGGUUAAGGAUCCAGUGUUGCCGUGAGCUGUGGUGUAGGUCUCAGACAUAGCUCUGAUCCUGUGUUGCUGUGGCUGUGGCCUAGGCCUGCAGCUCCAGCUCCAAUUCAACCCCUAGCCCAGGUAACUUCCAUAUGCUGUGGGUGUGGCCCUAAAAAAACAAAAAUUAAAGAAUUUUUUUAAAAUACACAAUUUUGAUUAAUCAUGCAUAUAAAAGAAUCAAACUAGGGAGUUCCUGUCGUGGCACAGUGGAAACAAAUCCAACUACGAACCACGAGGUUGUGGGUUCGAUCCCUUGCCUUGCUCGGUGGGUUAAGGAGCCAGCGUUGCUGUGAGCUGUUGUAUAGGUCGCAGACGCAGCUCAGAUCUGGCGUUGCUCUGUCUCUGGUGUAGGCCAGUGGCUAGAGCUCCGAUUAGACCCCUAGCCUGGGAACCUCCAUCUGCCAUGGGCGCGGCCCUAAGAAGACAAAGGGUUUAAAAAAAAAAAAAGAAUCAGGAGUUCCCGUGGUGGCGCAGUGGUUAAUGAAUCCGACUAGGAACCAUGAGGUUGCGGGUUCGAUCCCUGCCCUUGCUCAGUGGGUUAAAGAUCCGGCGUUGCCGUGAGCUGUGGUGUAAGUCACAGACGUGGCUCGGAUCCCGCGUUGCUGUGGCUCUGGCGUAGGCCAGUGGCUACAGCUCCGAUUAGACCCCUAGCCUGGGAACCUCCAUAUGCCGCGAGAGCGGCCCAAGAAAUGGCAAAAAGACAAAAAAAAAAAAAAAGAAUCAAACUAUAUGCUACAAAUAUGAGCUUUCAUCUUCUGUGUAUUAUAAAAUUAUUUUAGAUACAAUAAAAAGCACUGUAAACAAUCUAAGCAGAGUGACCCAUGUUAAUCUUAGGAAUAACACAUUUAGUGAAGAAACUUCUUGAAAAUUAAAUAAAUUGAUGGUUUACUUCUUAGAGAUUAGCUUUUACUAGUGCUCCUUUGAAACAUGUUAGCAGUUCUAGGCUCAUUCGUUUAAAAAUUACGUGUUCACGCUAGACUUCACCAGUUGGCCAAAUACUCAUGAUAGGAAAUCACUCCUGAGAAAACUGGUAAGAGCUCUCACUUCAGUCUUCCUUAACCAACUGCUGUUCCCCGCAGAGGACACCAGCUAAUCAUAAUUUUGAUAAGGCUGUCUGUCACUGUAAAAUGCCUUUCUCUGGUAGCUGAAUGAAAAUCAACUAUGCAUUCCAUACUGAACAUGCCAGAGAUAAGCGCAUUUAGGGCUUGCCUUAGCAAACUCGUUUCCAUCAGCUAACAUGAAUAUUUCCCUUUCCUGUUUUGUUUUGCGCUGAUUUGUUUCUGAAGACUAUUACCUCAGAAUCCAAAAUAAGCAUGAAAAGUUCUUGGGCUAAGAUUACCAAUACGUAGGACAUUUUGAUGCCAUCUUUUUAUAUUUCUGAAACUAAAAUUGUAAUCCCUCUUAGAAAUUAAAAAUAUAAAGUACUUAAAAUCAGUUGCAAAAGGUAUAGAAAAUAGACUGAUGACAAAAGACUUGUUUUCUACAAACAUGUUUUCAGAAUCUAAAUAUAUGCUAGCGGGUGUUUUUUUUCCUUAGCUCUAAGUAAAGUAUGAACUCGAAUUUGUGUGGUUUUUAAACAUAUACAAAUUUUAGUGACUUUAAAAAAUGAUUGCAGUUACUAAAUUUUGUAUUUCAUUUAUUAUAUAACUUGUAAAUAGUAAAAGGAUUGUCACCCUUUGAGGAAGUAUAUUUUAGUGGUCUGGGCAAGAAUAUGGGUUGUUAUAGUUCCUACUAUGGUGCAAUGUGUUAGGACCCAGCUUUGCUGCAGCCGUGGCUCAGAUUCAGUCUCUGACCCAGGAACUUCAUAUGCCGCAGGUGCAGCCAAAAAAGAAAAAGAAUACGGGUUUUCAUCUGAGCCACUAAUGAUUCUCCAUAGAAGCUGGUCUACACUUUUGUUAUGAUCCACUUUAAUUAUAUUUAAUGCCAGUGUUCCUCUAUGGCAGAUAGCCCAAAUACAAAAGCAUGACCUGCAAUAGAUUUAUAUUUUAAAGCUAAAUUUUUCAAGAAGAUAGAGAAUCAAGGUGUUUUUUUUUUUUUAAUUACCUAAACUUAAGUCCCUGUAGGAACUCAAGUACUCCUCCCCUCCUUCCUGAUUUCCAAUAUGAUUCAUUUUAACGUACUGCUAAUUUUGUUUACCUUGAUUUUUGUUGAAGACUGCAAUAUUACCACACAAACCAGAUCAGAUUUAAUAAGAAUGACUUCAUAGACCACUAUCAAACAUAUCACCAAACUCAAGCUAAGUGGUGCAUCCAGGCCUUCUUUAAUAUCCUAAUAUAAUGAACCUAUAAAACAGAACAGAUUUUUCAUGUCACUUGACUAAUGGCAACAAUCUGGACUUACAUGAGACCUCAAAGUGUUUUUUUUUUUUUUUGAAACAUUAACUUCAUACAAAAUAAGUAUUAAUAAUACAAGUUUUUAUUUCUCAACUGAGUGCAUUCUCAGGGAAAAUAGAGUAAGAACAUUUUUUCUGUCAUUCCCUUAUUAUGAGGAGCCAGGCAGCUAGGGAUAUGAGAACAGAACAGUUUGAGUCAUUCAUCUGCUUUGCUUCAGCUUCCCAGCAUGUGAAAUGAGAAUACUAAUAGUGGACCUGCCUACCUUGAUUUUUUCAGGAAAAUAACACAAAAGAAAGUCCUUGAUAGAAAAAGUGUACUGCUUAUCCAAAGGCAGCAUUUUCAUUAUUUCCUUAAUGAAAUGUGGAACAAAUAGUUGCAUGGGUAAUGAUUUGAAAACUAUACCCCAACUUCAGUGUACUCCUGUGUAUGUGCUUGAAUUGCCAUGGCCAGAAGACUCCACCCCAGCUUUGUCCCCAGCUUUCCCUGAUCUCUCCCACUGCCAAGACCACAAGAAACCCUUGUGACCCACCAUCUACUUUACUUAAGGAAUCUCAGGUCUUCUUCACACUUACCCACUUACUCGUUAAUAUUUUUUUUUUGACUACCUAGUUUGUGCCAGACACAGUAAGGGUGGUUGGGUGUACCUGGGUGAAUCCAAUGGAGAGCCCACCCUCGGGUGGCUUAGUUAUGAAGCCCAGACCUGUUUGUGACAUGAGAGAUAUAGUACUUGAUGGCAGAGGAGAGGACAUGGUUGCAAAGAAGAGAGAGAGAAAUUACUGCAAGUUAGAAAAUUAAAGAAGCCUUCAUGGAUGAGAUCACAGCUAAUGUAAACUUGAAGGAUAAGAAAGCUCCUGGAGCCACAGGAACUUGCAGCCAUCCCCUUCCAUCACUGCUCUAGAAGGCUGGGAACUGUUGCACCUACAAGGAAGAGGCCCUAUGGUGAAAGACCCAAGUGGUUCCGCCCCUUUGAUCCUAUUAAAAAUCCAGGCAAAAUGUUAGGUUCCUGUUUGCCCUCUGACUUUCUAUGACCAUUUCGUCCUUUUGGUGGAGAAAUGGCUGAAUAAGCCAAACCUUCAUUUGACCACUUCAGCAGCAAUCUUGUAUCACCACCACUUGUCAGCCUAGGUGACAUGAGCAAGACAUGCAAUGGUAGCUGAAAGGAGACUUUCUAUACUUCUGAAAAAAGAUUUGCAGCUCCCUAUAAGAUGUUGCACAGCCCUGAGGACCACUGUGUAUUCCCUGACUCUCUGUUUUUCCACUGUGUGCUGUUAUAGAAAGCAUUAUUUUGGAAUGAGAAGAUAAAGUUCACUUGUGGUUUGGUCCUUCCCCAAAUUUUCCUUUGGUUUGGGUAUCAAGUGAAAAUCUUUAAGUGAGCAACUAAGGUGGUAACAAAAGCUAGAAAUGUCCCAAUGAUAUGGGACAUUUUUGGUCACUAAACUAUGGAUGAAUUGAUCUGAAUUCUUACACCCACGUUACUCCUUCCUUCCUCCCUUUCCCUACCCCAGGAUUCCUUGUGAGUAUUACAGAAGAGGUUUUGAACCAGCUCCAGUCUAUUACUCAGUUGAUAGAGUGUUUGAAUUAUUUAGAAAAUGUUUAAAUGUCAUCCUUUAUGUGUAAGCUAUACUUAAUCUUUGGAACUCCUUUAUGGAAUUAUGGAAAAGUAAGUCAUUGUGAAAAGAAAAUAGCUGAGUCUUUACAGUAGAACAGGAGUAAAAAUGAAGGUAAGAAAGAACUCUUUGUGAAUUCUCUAAUCAUCUUUACCUGUUAUCAUAGAGAUGGAUGUUGAUCAAUAUAUUCUACUUGUGUUUUUUCCAAGUCAAAGAAAAUUCUGCUAUCAUAUAUUUCAAAAUUAUUUUUGCUUUCACUGUAUCCCCAGAAUCUAGUCUGUGCCUGACAGAAAGAAGGUUUUCAAUAAAUAUUUUUCAAUGAAGGAA